AUGGAACGCGCACUACUUCCGAUCGACGUCUGCGAGCGCAUCAUCGACUCUUUCAACUCAUGCCCCCGGUUCUUUCCUCCACACGGGUACUUCGUUGAUCUUUGCGCGUGCGCCCUCACAUGCCGAGACUGGGUCUCCCGAAGCCGCUGCAACCUCUAUAGUAGUAUAAAGCUCCGCAACGCUCGACAACUCGACGCGCUCCUGAACACCAUCGCUUCCCUGCCCUUUCUCGCCGACCUUGUUCAGGAGCUGGUGGUCCAUCCGUCGGACAAGUACCUUCCGUUCGCUCAAGAGGAUCUAGCGUCCGCCCUUCGCAGAGUGCGCAGAGCCCACAUCUGUUACUACGAUUGGGCGGCGCACCACCCCCGCUAUCAUCAGCUCGUCGCACGGUACCCGAUUGUGGAGCUAUCCCUCCUCGGCGGCACAUACCGGACCAUGGCGGACCGGUUUCGCGUGGUCUGGGCGUUCGAGCACCUCCAAACCCUCACACUUGCUAUCAUAGAGCCUUUCCAACAGCCGGGUAUACCCGUCGAUGAGAUCAUCAAGCGCAGAAAGCGGAUUUGUCUUAAGCUCAAGACAGUCACGAUCCUUGGGCCCGCGCUUUUGGGAACGAAGGCCCUUCCCCCUCUGGGAUGUUUCGGGAACGCCUUGACCACUUUAUGCCUCAUUUGGACGCGGGAGUUCGGCAAGACGCCAGUAGAAUGUGCGAAUGGUGCACUUUCACGGUAUUCCGACCAUAUCUCGAGUGAUACUGGACGUAACUUUAUGAUUCUGGGCUUGCCAGACUCGUCUGUCUAA